CCCCUCCUCGCAGCGACACUCGCCGUCUUACACACACACAUUUUUCCCUUCGUCCUCUUUCUUCACCUUUAUGGCGCUGUAACCAAGAUGGGAUUAAGCAGCUUGUCGAGUGUUAUUGCAUCUGGAUGAAAUGCGUUUUGACACAGCGGCAUCAAUGAAGACAGACUCGGAGCUAAAGAGUCAACAUGCCACCCACAUCUCCCUCUCGCUGAGAGAAUGGGGACUGGAGUGGAGACCUGUUAGUUAGAUCAUUCUCUUGUUUUUUUCUCCAUCGCACGUCUCUUCUUGUUUGCUAUUUCAGUUGGGCCUACAUGCGCUGUUUCAGCAUUACGUAGGGGAAGAAGUGGACUGGUGUGUCCUCCUUUUUCUGGACAAGUGUCUAUGACCAAACCCCCCCUCAGACGACAGAGCGGUAAGGCAUGAAGAAGCAGGCUAUGUUAGUGUAGUGAGCAGGAUGCUGAAUGCUACACUGUGAUAAAUAUUAACCACAGUAUGCUCAAGAAUGCUACCAGGAAGAUGACAUUCACUGAAUUGUCUUCACAAGCCAAGGCCGAAAAUAUGUAAUAUCCCUGUGGAGCUUAUUGUCCUCAUUUUGGAAAACGUCACAGCGCAGAGAGGGAGGAGGUACUUUACAACUCCUGGUUUAUCUGUAACUGGUUUUGUCUUGGAUAUGGCACAGACUCUUGCUAAAAAAAAAACUGAUUUUAGGCAAGUAAUAACACCUCCAUUAGUGCUGUUGCUGUUAGCUUUAAGUCCUGCUUUAUCAGGAUUUACACAUUUGGGUGAUGGGUUACUGACAACCAUGGCAAUAACAGUCCUUUGCUUCAUUUCUGACACUUUACCUUAGCUGUGAAAAAACACUCCUGCUUAUGAACCAUUGGAGGAAGGGAGGACAGUGACAUUUUUAUCAUUGUUAAGGCCAACCUGCCACAGUUGAUCCGUGUAAUUCUCCUCCAGCAAAUGAAAAGCCUGCGAUGGCUCAGUCUUGGCUGGGCACCUCAUUUGGUCACAUCGAUCCCAUCUGCGCUGCUUGACUUUGACAGGGAGUGUGAUGUAUGACCUGUGCACUCGGCCUGAGCAGCCCGAGCCUGCGCCGGCACACGCAGAGAUGGAGAGCCGUGAGGUAGCUGACCCUCUUGCACGACAACAGCAGGAGUUGAGGAGGUCAGAAGAGCAGGACAAUAAGCAACACGGGCUCUCGGACAAGGCAGUCCCAACCACGGCUAAUAUCACUUCGGCAUCGCUGUUAGGAAAAAGGCACCACUCGCUUUAUGCAAACCUCAAUGGUUUUGAAGUAGAAGGCAUACGCAAGAAUGGUACUGACUAUGGGUUCCUGGUGCGUCAGAACUCUGAACUCUUGCGAGCCCUCGAUGAACUGGAGAAGACUUGUACCACACUGAGGGAGGAGAAUGGCCUGCUGCGGAAGAGCAGCGCCCCAGAGACUGAGGAGAAGGUCAGGCGGCUGAGGAGAAAGAACACAGAGCUGGCUGUUCUUGCUAAGAGGCUGGAAGAGAGGGCUCGAAAACUGCAGGAGGCCAACCUCAAAGUGGUGAAUUCGCCGUCACUGAUGAGACCCGGGUCAGUGGAACAAUACAAGAGGGCCUUUGCCCGUCAGCGAGCUCGUGACCUUGCCCAGCACGCAGAUGCACUGCUGUCUAAGGACAAAGAGAUUGCUGCCCUACAACAAGAGUGCAGAGAGCUGGAGGCACGGCUGGGCACCACCAAGGGCUCCCCGGUUCCAUCUGGCCGAGUGGAAUUUGAGAGGCUUCUCAGGGAGUCUCAGAGGGAGGUGCUUCGGCUCCAGAGACAGCUGUCGGUCACAUCAACCAGACAACAGCACAACCAUAGUCCCCAUGACCCCGGUGGCCCAGAUAAGUGUGAGGAAAUUGUGGAGGAGGACGAAGAAGGAGAAGACAAGGUUGUAGGAGAGACCCCGUGUGUGGUAUUAGAUGAAGCUCCAUCCAGGUGUGAGAAGACUCCCGGAGAGGAGGAGGAGUCGGGGCUGCGAGUAACGCCCCAACCGGGCCUUAGCCCGACCCCCUCCCAUCAGGAGGAACACACAGAGGAGCAGCACCUACAGUUUCUGGAAAGUGAGCUGUGCAAGAAGAGAAAAGAAUGUGAAAACCUUGAGCAUGAAGUAAAGAAGCGACAGAAGAGAUGUCUGGAUUUGGAGAGCCAGCUUGAGGAUGAGCGAGGCAAAAAUGAGCAACUAAAGGAGGAGGCAGAUCUCCUCAGGAGGAAGGCACAGCUGCUCGACCAGACUCGGGCUGAGAAUGAGGAGCUGAGGGAAGAUCUCUCUGAAGUGACCGCUCAACACAAUUCAGUUCUCGAGGAGAACCAGAGACUCCGUGCCAAACUGGAGAACCUAGAGCAGGUCCUAAAGCAUAUGCGAGAGGUCGCCGAGCGAAGGCAGCAGCUGGAAUUGGAACAUGAGCAGGCACUGGCUAUCCUUAAGUUCAAACAGGAUGAAAUCAAACGGUUACAGCGGGCUCAGUUAUUCGCCAAGAGGGAGCAUGAGGGAGUGGUUCAGAUGCUGGAGGAGUUGACUCAGCUUGUGUUGCGGAGGGAGCUGUCAAAGGUACGAGAUCUGGAGGAGAAAUGUCGCAGCCAGAGUGAACAGUUUGGCUUGCUGUCCCAAGAGUUGGAGAAGUUUCGACUGCAGGCCUCCAAGGUGGACCUGGCCGGCUCUAGCCUCCUUAACAAUCCCAGCCUCUCUGUUCUGACCAAUGGGGUGGGCCUGACUACUGAACGAGACUGCACUGGUGGCUCAUGGGAUAUGGUGUCUCUGGGUGAAAUAGCCUUCUGGAGUCUCGAGGGAGGUGACACUCUCUCCUGCCCUGAGGAUGUGGCCGCUGCUCUGCGGAUGGGGGCCACCCCUCACGCCGCAGGGCUGUCCAGGGUGGAGCGAUCGCCAGUCACCAAGCACAGAGAGCUGCCCACCAUCAGCGUCAGCAAGUCAGGCUCCUCCUCCAGCAAGUCAGAGACCGCACACCUCACCCCCAAGUCCGACACCCACCUCAGUCCACACAAAUCGAGCCCAACACAUGAGGUGGACACUGCCAGUGAAGUGGAGGAGCUGGACAUCGAUGUAGCCCCGGCACCUUACACAGCCAGCAGAGGAGCAGCAAAGCUUCAGGUCUUCAUUGCAAGAUAUAGCUAUAAUCCAUAUGAUGGACCCAAUGACAACCCUGAAGUUGAGCUCCCACUCACUGCUGGAGAAUAUAUCUAUGUGUAUGGAGACAUGGAUGAUGAUGGCUUCUAUGAAGGUGAGCUGAUGGAUGGACGGAGAGGGCUGGUCCCCUCUAACUUUGUGGAACGCGUAUCGGAUGACGAUGUCAUGAGCACUCACCAUCCAGAGACAGGGGACAUAUCCCAUAACUCCCUGCUAGACAGCAGUCUGCACAGUGCCAGCCACCAGCAUCACCUCCACACGGGCGUCAGCGCCUCAGAAAGGACAGAGGUUUCUGCCGCCUCUGGCCCUGCCUCAGCCCCCUCAGAUUCAUCAUCGGCCUUGGCUGUCCCAGCCCCCCUCACCAACGGCCUGGACUUGGAUUUGGAGGAGGUGGGAGUGGACAUUGUGCCUUACCCACGUAAGCUCACCCUCAUCAAGCAGCUUGCCAAGAGCAUCAUCAUCGGCUGGGACCCUCCGUUGGUGCCGGCUGGGUGGGGCAAUGUGUGGAGCUAUAAUGUGUAUGUGGACCAGGAGCUGCGGCUCAAUGUGCCCUUCGGUUCUCAGACCAAAGCGGUGCUGGAGCGGCUCGACAUAAACCUCAAGGCCUACCGUGUGUCAGUGCAAAGCCUGACAGAGAAGGGCCUCUCAGACCAGCUGCGCUGCAGCUUGCUGGUCGGUCGGGACGUUUGUGUGGCGCCCACACAGCUGCGUGUGGAGAGGAUCACCGCCACCUCUGCCAACCUGACCUGGCUGCCCAGCAACAGUAACUAUGUGCACAUUGUGUCCUUGAAUGAUGAGGAGUGUGAGCUGGUGAAGGCUGGCUGCUACUCGCUGUGCCUCAAUAACCUCUUGCCCAGCCUGCAGCACACAGUCAAAGUGGAGGCACGGCCGCACCGCACACCAUGGGAGUUACCUGUGGAGCGGCGUGAACACAGAAGCGCUACAAUCACCUUCACCACACUGAUGGCAGUUUCAUGCCCACAGUCUGGGAACCCAGGUCCACCUGAUGCUCCUCUGGAUGUACAGCUGGAGCACGGUCCCUCCCCGGGGAUUGCCCUCAUCAGCUGGCUGCCAGUCACAAUAGAUGCGGCAGGGACCUCCAACGGAGUCCGUGUCACUGGAUACACUAUAUAUGCUGACAAGAAAAAGGUGCUGGAGGUGUCUUCCCCAACAGCCGGCAGUGCCCUGCUGGGCCCCUCUCAGAUCCAGUCCCUGCAGGCAGCUCAGGAUCUCACUGUCCGCACCAUGUCCGCCCAUGGGGAGUCCUGUGACUCUUUUCCAGUCAAUGUGCCCUCCAAGCUCGCCGCCAUCAUGGCAGGUCCAGCUAUCACCACCCCAGUUGUGCCACCCCUACCCUGCACUCCUGCAGAAUCCAGUAACCUGCCCUCACCACGGUCCUACGGGAACUCUGCUGCCAAAGUCUCCAUGCUGCCCAGCAGUUUGCCAUCAGACACACACAUCGCUGGCCUCACAGUGGAGGUUGCUGCCAACACUCCUCAUGCUCUCCACUCAGAAGGUCUUCUCUCAUCUGCCUCAUAUGUGCAGGCCUGGGCCAACCCCUCGUCUGGUGCUGCCUUGGCUGUGUGUGAGGCCACAUUACCAGUAGCCUCCACCAUUAAUCCAAUGGUUAACGUGACCUCCCCCACCAGCUCAGCACCACAACCAUCCCCAGUAGCAUCACCAGCACCUACACAAUCACUAGUGACGGCAGCAGCAACAGCAGUGUUGGAGCAGCGCAGAGACACCGACAGCCCUGGAUCAAUACGUCCUUUCCCAUCUAUCACAGAGUUCAUUGAGGAGUCCAGUGCCAAGCUCAGGACACCUGAGCGCAUCCCUUCCCCACCCAAAGCCCCGAUCACAGAACUCCUUAACCUUCAGGGCACUAACCUCCUCCAGCCCCCCUGCACUUCACCGCUGGAGUCCGAGGUAGAGGAGGAGCGAGAGAACACACGCUUGGUGUCCAUUGAGGAGUUCUUGAGACAGGACCAAGAGCCAGCAUACUGUAGGACACAGCAGAGUUAUGGCAGAGGGCUUGUGGAGCCUUCCAGUGACCAGUACCAUGCAGACAACAGUCGUUCAGAUCUGUCUGACAUCCUGGAGGAGGAGGAGGAGGAUCUUUACUCUGACCACCUUGGUGAAGCACAGGGCAGAGGCUACCACGUUGGAGCUAACAGGUCACGCAAGUUGGAGACCCCAGACAGUGAUGAGGACGUUCUUGAGAGGAUUCUAAAGUUGCCUCCUCAGGUCUGCCACAACAAGCAGCUGUUCAUCAUUCCUGAGGUGACAGAGGAGGAAGAUAGCAGUCAGGAAGAGCAUUUCAUCCACAGUCAGCCUCGGCCCAGGUCCAGCCGUGUUCACCCCAGAGACUCAGAACGCCUCCAUCAUGCCCCCCAGCACCACUCACAUCACCCCAACCCACACGCUCCCCCUCACCAUCACCACUACAACAGGGAUCCCAGAUCUCUUACCAAAGAGCCUUUACUCAGGCAUGGACCCUUGCAGGUCAAGCCUAAGACACAGCAUAGGGUGCACUACGCAGAUACAGUUGACACCAUCAGUUACCCUGAAGAAGAAGACAUGAGUUUAUAUGAGGGUCGCACCAGCAGGCGGGUCUCGGCCCGCUGUCCUCCCCAGCCGACCCCCAACAGCAAAGAAAGAGUACUGCUCAGAGGGCUAGGGGACCGCCUUAGGAGGGAGGCCAUGCUCAGGAGUCAGAUGGCUGUUGCCGCGGCAGCCAACCCCGGCUAUGGUCUUACCCCGCCAAGACCCUACCCAGUCAGCAAAACAGUACCGACUCUGAGGUCCCCUGUCAGUCGCGGGGUGGAGAUUGACGUAGAGUACGGCACAGAUGACAACGAGGAGCCCGUGGAGUACGGUCCCAGGGAGGUGGUGACAGAGCAGAUGAGUUCUGAGUGGUGGGUAGAGGGGGCUCAAAUGGAGCCCUGCAGACCUAUUCACCGCCGUGGGCUGAAGGCCGAUCCACUGGUAAAUGUUCCUGCAGGCCAGCUACAACGGGACUCCAGCCAAAUCCCUCCAGCUGAUGCAGGUCCGUCGUGGGGAGCCCAGGCUGAGCUUUCUUCUAAACCAGCAUGCUUGCAGACCAGGCAACUCAAAGGUGGGGUUGAUUCGUCAAAGGUGAAAGGAGACAGUGAUAUACGUAUCUUUGUGGCCCUCUUCCCUUACGAUCCUGCCACUAUGUCACCCAAUCCUGAUGCUGCUGAGGAAGAGCUGCCAUUCACUGAAGGACAGAUCAUCAAAGUUUACGGAGAUAAAGACCCAGACGGGUUCUACCGAGGAGAGUCUGGUGGUCGUCUGGGCUUUGUGCCAUGUAACAUGGUGUCUGAGAUCCAGGUGGAGGAUGAGGAGACCCGGCAGCAGCUCCUGCAGCAGGGCUUCUUGUCUACAGCGGCCUCCAUGGAGAAGAUAGGCACUCGCACACAUGCACAGCUUCCGCGUCGCCCUGUUCCACCGCCGAAACCGAGACGAUCCAAGAAAGUGGAGUCUGCAGCACUCUGGGAGGAGAGCGUAGACUCCUCCAGCCAAGAUCCCAGCCAGACUGCUGCUGCUGCUCCAGCUGUGGGGAACCUGGCCCCAGGAGCUCGCAGGAUGGUCGCCAUCUUUGAUUAUGAUCCACGAGAGAGCUCCCCCAACACCGACAUAGAGGCUGAGCUGACCUUCAGUGCAGGAGACAUCAUACACGUGUUUGGUGACAUGGACGAAGAUGGCUUCUUCUACGGAGACUUGAAUGGACACAGGGGCUUAGUGCCCUCCAACUUCCUGCAGGCCUUACCAGAGGAUGCUCCAGCAGAACUGGUCUCUGCUCAGCCUGCACCAGAACCCAAGAAAGAAUCACAGGGUACCUUGACGUCUUCUACAGCGCCACAAGAUCCUGGGCCCUCAACACUAGAAGAGGCUUUGGACCCCCAAACAGAACCUCCUUUCACUGACCCAACAGAGCGCACAGACCCACAGCCCAAACCGGCAAGCCCCACUUCAAGCCACACUGCAAGCCCCACGUCAGACCUGGACCCUGCUCCAGGUCCAGCUGCAGCGGAGACCAGCUGCUCCCCUCCAGCCCCCCUCCCAGCAGCAGACAGCCCGACACAGACUGACUGCUCUGCACAAAGCAAGAAGAAAAAAGGCUUUUUCUCCAAAGGCAAGAAGCUGUUCAAAAAGCUGGGAUCCAGCAAGAAAGAAUGAGAGUCAGGACAUCUGACUCUGAAUCCUCGCGUCACAUUGAAAGCACUUUUUCUAUCUUCACUGUUAGUCUCAGUUGGUAGUCGGCGCUGUUAGUGGCUAUCAGAUCUAAUAACUGAUGUUUUAUAAAUUAUACAUUUGCCUUAGAGCACUGCUAGACCCGCUGUCAAAUUUAGAGUACUUCAGCAUACAGCUUACAGCAUCACAAGAGCAUGUAGAAGCGCAUGUUGAAGUGUGCAAACUCACAAAUAUAUCUCUUCCUAAUUAUCUAAGCAUUUGCAAAUGUUCAACUCGUUAGAGGCUUUAAUGCUUGAUAUAAAACACUUAGUUCUUCCUAAUGGAUCAGAUUUAUGUAGAACAAUCUGAUACAGAAGGAUGUUGAAAAAGCAGAUCAGACUUCAGCCCAGGCACAGCUAAUGAAAUAUUAGCUUUAAUGUUCAUGUACUGGUGCCACUUUAUUUAUUUGAAGCGAACGAACAGAAGCAGCAGUCUAUCUCUUCCUCUGCGAGACUAUAAAGAAUGCACUAUCCAUCCUGAAUGGAUGUAUUUUAAAUAUGUCUGCUUGUCCCUCGUGUGUUUCUCGUCUUUAAGAGUAUUUAUACAGUACUUUGUACAGAACAUGUUAUUUAUUUGUAUCAGACUCUUGCCCUAAUCGUCACCACAUUGCAUGAAGUGACAUCGGAGCAGGAGGGUAGUCGUAGAGAGCUGUCAGAGACGGUGAUGAUCCACUUUGUGUAGUUUAGAUCUAAUCUAAUGAUGGUUUUUGAGGUUUAUGUAAGCUGAACAUAAUGUUUAAUGCUGAGAAUGUGAAGGUUCGUCCUUCUUUGUGUGUGUGUGAGUGAGUGUGUGUGAGUGUGUGUGUGAGUGUGUGUGUGUGAGUGUGUGUGAGUGUGUGUGUGUGUGUGUGUGUGUGUGUCUGUGUGUGGGUGUAGAUGAAGCUGCCCAGUCCACUGGUGAGACUGAAAACAGAUGCCUUUCUCAGACAUUAACACAGGAACUCUUGAUGUUGGUGACCACAGUCACAACUGGCCUAGAAUGUUGCAUACGACAUACUUUCUGUCUGUGUGUGAGUGUGAGAGAGAGAGAGACCUGCAGCGUGUGCAAAACAAUGUAGUACCUGCCGAUCAUUAUCUAAUAGGGCUGCAACUAAUGAUUAGUAUAAAAUCGUUAUCAAUUCAUCUUUUGAUUACUUUUAGAAAAUAUUUUCGGGGGCUUUUAUGCCUUUAUUUGAUAGGACUGAGGAAUAUAGGCAGAAAAGAGGGGAGGGGGGGUGUCAUGCAGCAAAGGGGCCCCUGCGGUAAGGACUCUACCAGGUGAGCUACCAUGCCCCCCCUUUUUUGAUUAUUUAUUUCUAUUUAUUGAUUCAUUGUUUGGUCUAUAAAACAUCAAAAAACAAUGAAACAUGCCCACGUUGCCCAUAUACGUCAAGAUAUUCAAUUUAUUAUAAAGUAAGACAACAAAAAUUAUUUAUUAUUUUAAAUAAAUUUUUUCUUGAUCAAUUUAUUAUAAAGUAAGACAACAAAAAUUAUUUUAAAUAAAUUUUUUCUUGAUCAACUAAUCCCCAACCCUAACCCACAAUUGAAAAUAGUUGGAUUGAUUCAUUAAUCAAUCGACUAAUUGCAGCUCUAAAAAGUUAUACAUAGUCUGUAGGCCUUUGGGGUUCAGUAUUGAACGUAGCAUGUUGUGUGUUUUUAAAUAUAACACAACUAACAGUUUUCAGUUAUGGCACUGGUGGUUUGUGGCACUGCUGUACUGUGAUAGACUGCAAUAAGUUGUUUCUGUAUCUUUUCUUUUUUGCCUCCACGUUAAGAGUGUAAUGAAGUUCAACAUGCGGUGUGUGAAUAUUGGGUCAGACAGGCUAGAAACAGUGUUCUCCAUCAGCCCAUGCAGUGUAGUGGUGAGGAGUGGUUUAAGUUAAGUGACACAACUUUAGCAAUAUGGCGUGUUGUGGGCUGCAAUACUAGAACAAAAAAGACAAGCAUUCGGUAUCUUUCAGUGGUUUGUGACAGCUUUACUGGACUGAAGAUGUGUGGAUGUGAAUGUGUGGAGCAGGCCUUAGUAUUCAGUCAGUCAGUCACAACACAUGCAGUGAUUGUUCCCUCCAUCUGAUUGGUUCUUUUAUCUGUGUGACACAGGGCUGUUCGGUAACUUCUCAGGUUUUAACUUGUAGUUUCUUAUUAAUGCUGAGCCACCUGUGGACUCUGGCUGUCAAAAACUGCAGAAUAUGCCAAAAUCUUAGGUGCUUUGCCUGUUACUAUAGCUACGAGAGGCCAAGCAUCCGGCAGCGUGGGGGGGGGGGUUACUCUAGUCUGGGUUGAAGCUUUGUUUUGAAGAUCAGACCUGAUUUCACUCACGUUGUUGAAGUGGUUUGAGUCACACCUGAUGACACGAGUUGGAGGCAAAUGUUUUUCUUCUAAUGUCCUGAAUGUUUUCUGUCAGUGUUACAUAAAGGGAGCAUGAUGAUGCCAAGAAAAAACGGGAUUGGGGCGGAUUGACAAAGACACUUUAGAUGUGAAAUAGCCGGGAUAGAGGCAAGACUGUAUGUUUUUGUUUUAUUUAUGUUUGUAUUUUUAUUUUAUUUUUAAUGGGGGGGGGGGUGAAUGGUUAAAAAGUUGCCGAAAUGUACAGCGAAUAUUUGUACUGAUCUCGUAUUUGACGGCCUUUAAUGCACAAGUUAAUCCUCUACCUGCUGUGUAGUGAGUAGGCGGCUCCACUGUUGACUGAAUAGGACCUAGACCCAUAUAUGUAGUGUUUUAGCUCAGUUUGAUCAUAUUUAGCCUUACAAGAAGACCUUGUUUAGUCUUAAUAUGUUGUUUACAGGAUGUUUAUUGACUGCAUGCAUACCAAUGUUAUACCCAUGUUCGGCCUUAUUUAUGUUACUGUCAUAUUUUUGUUUUUCUAGGCUGACUUGUCUACAAUGUUUGAGUUGUAGAUUGUCGAUGCAGUGGAAGGGAAGCUGUAAGAGCUGUCUGUAUAUAAUGAACAGUGUUGGGACUUGUGGUAUAUUUUCAUACAGCGCGGGAAACGUAUUUUUUUCUUUUUUUUUUGUCUUUCCUGACCUGCAUUCAUUGUUUGAAACCAGUGGAAGAUUCACCUUUUUAUAUACUCAUGUUUUUAUUACCCUUUUGGAAGCUCGUCUGUAAAUAUUUUUGUUAAUAUUGUUUUUCAGAUUUUCCUUUUUCUUUUUUUUUUUUUUCUUUUUUUCUUUUUUUUUGCAUGUCCAGGCAUUGUCGAUGGAGGAACAGUAACUAAAGAUGUAGUACGCAGAGGACUUGAAAUUGUGAUGGUUUCUUUCAAUAUGGAUCUUUUUACAGGAAUAAAGUAUGUAUAUUUUCACAGAAAA